GGCGGCUUGCAAUAGAGCCCGCCACAAAAUGCAAUUAUUGGAGCACUUCCUCCAAUGAUUUAUCCUCUCUAACAACAUUUCUUCAACCGGAAAACUAAACGGUGGAAGACAAUUCAAAAUCCUUUCGCCAUUAAUUUCAAGGCCAAAGCGAUUUCUCUGCAUCAAUCAUGGAAGCAACGGCUGUCGAAGACAUAGUGAUCGUCGGAGCGGGAAUCGCAGGCCUCGCCACUGCCUUAGGGCUUCACAGGUUAGGAAUUCGAAGCUUAGUGUUAGAAACUUCCGAUUCUUUGAGAGCCGCUGGAUAUGCUUUGACGACAUGGAAUAAUGCUUGGAAGGCUCUCGACGCCUUGGGAGUCGCCGAUUCCCUCCGCCGCCACCACGAUCGCCUCGCCGGAAACGUGACGUUCUCUGCGGUUUCGGGGCUUCCAACUUCGAAUCUGCGCUUUACGGCUUGCGGAGAGCAAGAAGCCAGAACUGUAAUGAGGAAGUCAUUAUUAGAAGCACUUGCAAUGGAUCUUCCGAAAGGCACCAUUCGAUACUCCUCCAAGCUUGUUUCCAUUGAAGAAUCAGCUGGCUUUCUUAAGCUUCUGCACCUUGCUGAUGGAACCCUUCUCAAAACCAAGGUGUUGAUUGGGUGUGAUGGAGUGAAGUCUGUGGUUGCUAAGUGGCUGGGCUUCAAGAAGCCUUCUUUGUCAGGCAGAAACGCUACUAGAGGGAUUACAACAUACGAGAAUGGCCAUGGAUUUGAGAAUAAUUUCAUGUGGUUUUUCAGCAAAGGCCUUCGCUUUGGUGUUAUGCCAUGUAAUGCCAACACUGUCUAUUGGUUUAGCACUUGGCAUUCUUCCAAACAAGGGAAGGAGAUUGAAGAGAACCCAGUUAGACUAAAGCAACAUAUUUUGAGCAAGCUCGGAAAGGUACCUGAUCGAGUAAGGGCCGUUGUUGAAGACACUAAAGUUGAUUCUUUUGUGUCGUUGCCAUUGAGAUGUAGACAACCUUGGGAGCUGGUUUGGAAUGACUUUUUUCGAGGUAACGUUUGUAUUGCAGGCGACGCGCUUCACUCGAUGACCCCUGAUCUCGGACAAGGAGGUUGUUCUGCAUUGGAAGACGGCGUCGUUCUUGCUCGAUGUUUAGCCGAAGCGAUGUUGAGGAGUCCAAUUGGAGGAGGAGAAGAGGAAUAUAAGAGAAUUGAGAAGGGGUUAGAGAAAUAUGCAAAAGAAAGGAGAUGGAGAUGCAUUAAGCUCAUUGCUACAUCUUAUGUGGUUGGUUCAAUUCAAGAGAGUGAAGGGAAAUUAAUGAAUUACUUGAGGGAUAACAUCUUGGCUGAUUUUCUUGUUGGUUUAUUAAUGAAGUUCUCUGCUUUUGAUUGCGGGACACUUACUUGUUGAUGUAUUCAACUAAUUAUUUUAGGGUUACGGGGCUCGAAUGGUACGAUCUCUCCGUCACCCCAGAAUGAAAGGAGCGAUCUUGUAGUUCUUGGUCUGUGAAGAUAUGUUGUUAGGUGGUCCGUUUUAUUUUUUCCAUUGA